AAUAUUGUCAAACUUUUUUUGGUGUGAGAUUUUGAAUUUGCGGUGUGAAUUUAUUAAAACAAACUUAAAUUUUAAUAAAGGAAAUGCUUAUUACCAGUAUAUAAAUAUGGGCGAAUUAAACAAUCAUCAUAAUGAUGAAAAGAACAAAAAGCAAUAUGAUUGGGACACAUCCCCAAGAAAUUUACGUGAACCCAUAAAAUCCUUAGAGGAGAAAUGGAAACUGGUUCCUGCAUUUUUGGAAAUCAAAGGGCUUGUGAAGCAGCACAUAGACUCCUUUAAUUAUUUCAUUAAUGUUGAAAUAAAGAAAAUAGUUCAAGCAAAUGAAAAGGUGCUAUGUGACUCAGACCCACUGUUCUAUGUGAAGUACCUCAAUGCGUACGUGGGCACCCCCGACGUGGAGGAGGGCUUCAACGUGACGAAGCAGACCACGCCGCACGAGUGCCGCCUGCGCGACAUGACCUACUCCGCGCCCAUCACCGUGGACAUCGAGUACACCAGGGGCAAUCAAAGAGUCAUAAGAAAUAAGUUGUUGAUCGGAAGAAUGCCACUGAUGCUGCGUUCAUCAAACUGUGUCUUGACAAAUAAGACUGAUUUUGAGUUGUCUCAGCUGAAUGAGUGUCCGCACGACCCCGGUGGCUACUUUAUCAUCAGAGGUCAGGAGAAGGUGAUUCUGAUCCAGGAGCAGUUGUCCCGGAACCGCAUGAUCGUGGACGAGUUCAAGGGCAACGUGCAGUGCCAGGUGACCAGCUCCACGCACGAGAAGAAGACGCGCACCAACGUCAUCGUCAAGAACGGCAAGUACGUGCUGCGCCACAACGCGCUGUCCGACGACAUUCCUAUCGCGGUAGCUUUCAAAGCGAUGGGCGUCUGCAGCGACCAAGAGAUAGUGCAGCUCGUGGGCACCAGCGACAACAUCCUGAAGAAGAUGGCGCCCUGCAUCAUGGACUGCCACAACCUCAAGAUAUUCACUCAGGACCAGGCGCUCAACUACAUCGGCAGCAAGCUCAAAGUGAAGAGGUUCCAGGCGGCGGCGGCGCGGCCGGCGGCGGAGGAGGCGCGCGCGCUGCUGGCGCACACAGUCCUGGCGCACGUGGCGGCGCCGGGGUUCAACUUCCACGUGAAGGCGCUGUACCUGGCCGUGAUGCUGCGACGCGUGCUGCAGGCGGAGCGCGACCGCGGCGCCGUGGACGACCCCGACUACUACGGCAACAAGCGCCUCGAGCUGGCCGGCUCGCUGCUCGCGCUCAUGUUCGAGGACCUGUUCAAGCGCUUCAACUGGGAGCUCAAGUCCAUCGCCGACAAGGUCAUACCCAAGAUUAAGGCGGCGCAGUUCGACGUGGUCAAGCACAUGCGGCCCGACCUCAUCGCCAACGGACUCUUCACCGCUAUAUCCUCUGGCAACUGGACCAUCAAGCGGUUCAAGAUGGAGCGGCACGGCGUGACGCAGGUGCUGAGCCGGCUCAGCUACAUCUCCGCGCUCGGCAUGAUGACGCGCGUCAACUCGCAGUUCGAGAAGACGCGCAAGGUGUCGGGCCCGCGCUCGCUGCAGCCGUCGCAGUGGGGCAUGCUGUGCCCGUCCGACACGCCGGAGGGCGAGGCGUGCGGGCUGGUGAAGAACCUGGCGCUCACCACGCACAUCACCACGGAGUGCUCGGAGCGCGGCGUGCGCGCGCUGGCGGCCGCCGCCGGCCUGGACGACGCCGCGCUGCUGGGCGGCGCCGAGAUCAACCACCCCGACGUCUACAUGGUGUUCCUCAACGGCAACAUCCUGGGCGUGACGCGGCAGUACAAGCGGCUGAUCGCCGUGUUCCGCAUGUUCCGGCGGCGCGGGCUCGUGUCGGCCUUCGUGUCCAUCUACCCGGCGCACGAGCAGCGCGCAGUGCACAUCAGCAGCGACGGCGGGCGCCUGUGCCGGCCCUACCUGCUGCUGGCGGGGGGCCGCCCGCUGCUGCGCCCGCGCCACCUGGCCGAGCUGCGCCGCGGCCUGCGCUCCUUCCGCGACUGCGUGCGCGACGGGCUCGUGGAGUACCUCGACGUCAACGAGGAGAACGACUCGCACAUCGCGGCUCGCGAGCAGGACAUCGACCCUUACGUCACCACGCACCUCGAGCUCGAGCCCUUCACCAUCCUGGGCGUGUGCGCCGGCCUCGUGCCCUACCCGCACCACAACCAGAGCCCGCGCAACACCUACCAGUGCGCCAUGGGCAAGCAGGCCAUGGGCUGCAUCGGCUACAACCAGCGCAACCGCAUCGACACGCUCAUGUACAACCUGGUGUACCCCGCGGCGCCGCUGGUCACCACGCGCAGCAUCCAGCUCACGCGCUUCGACCGCCUGCCCGCCGGCCAGAACGCGACCGUGUGCGUCAUGAGCUACAGCGGCUACGACAUCGAGGACGCGCUGGUGCUGAACCGCGCCGCCGUGGACCGCGGCUACGGCCGCUGCCUCGUGUACAAGAGCGCCAAGACCACCAUGAAGCGCUACGCCAACCAGACGUCGGACCGCAUCCUGGGCCCAUCGCGCGACGCGGCCACGGGCCGGCCGCUGCGCGCGCACGCGGCGCUGGACGCGGACGGCAUCGCGGCGCCGGGCGAGCGCGUGGAGCACCGCGCGCUGCUCGUGCACAAGCAGGCGCCCGGCCCGGCCGGCGACUACCGCGACCAGCCCGUGCUGUACAAGGGCGCGGUGGGCGCGCACGUGGAGCGCGUGCUGGUCUCGUCCACGCCCGACGACGCCUUCCUCAUCAAGCUGCUGCUGCGACAGACGCGCGUGCCCGAGAUCGGCGACAAGUUCAGCUCGCGCCACGGACAGAAGGGCGUCACGGGGCUGGUGGUGGCGCAGGAGGACCUGCCCUUCAGCGACGCGGGCGUGGUGCCCGACAUGGUCAUGAACCCGCACGGCUUCCCCUCGCGCAUGACGGUGGGCAAGACCAUCGAGCUGCUGGCGGGCAAGGCCGGGCUGCUGGAGGGCAAGCUGCACUACGGCACGGCGUUCGGCGGCUCGAAGGUGACGGACGUGUGCGCGGAGCUGGAGCGGCACGGGUUCAACUACCACGGCAAGGACGUGUUCUACUCGGGGCUCACCGGCGAGCCGCUCGAGGCCUACAUCUACUCCGGACCCGUGUACUACCAGAAGCUGAAGCACAUGGUGCAGGACAAGAUGCACGCGCGCGCGCGCGGCCCCCGCGCCGUGCUGACGCGCCAGCCCACGGAGGGGCGCGCGCGCGAGGGCGGCCUGCGCCUCGGCGAGAUGGAGCGCGACUGCCUCAUCGGCUACGGCGCCAGCAUGCUGCUGGUGGAGCGGCUGAUGCUGGCGUCGGACGUGUUCGUGGCGGGCGUGUGCGCGCGCUGCGGGCGCGUGGCGGGCGCGGCGUGCGCCCCGUGCCGCGCCGCCGCCACCGCCGCCGUGCGCCUGCCCUACGCCUGCAAGCUGCUGUUCCAGGAGCUCACGGCCAUGAACAUCGUGCCGCGCCUCACGCUCGCCAACUAUACCUAAUAAAACCAACCACGGAGUAUCA